AUGAUUAGUAGCUCCGCAAUCAACAGAACAUCGAUGUUGCUGAGACACCUUCGAUCAUUCUCGACUUCUUCGAGAAUCGCUAACAAGAUUACUGUCAAGAACCCAAUUGUUGAAUUAGAUGGUGAUGAAAUGACCAGAAUUAUUUGGCAGAAAAUCAAAGACGAUUUGAUCCACCCAUAUUUGAACGUUGAUUUGAAAUACUAUGAUUUGGGUAUUGAGUCUCGUGACGCAACAAAUGAUCAAAUCACCGUUGAUGCUGCACAUGCAAUUCAAAAAUAUGGUGUUGGUGUGAAAUGUGCCACCAUUACCCCGGAUGAAGCUAGAGUUAAGGAGUUUGGUUUAAAGAAAAUGUGGCUUUCACCAAAUGGUACCAUUAGAAACAUUCUUGGUGGUACUGUGUUUAGAGAGAGUAUUAUCAUUCCAUGUAUCCCUCGUUUGGUGCCUGGUUGGAAGGAGCCAAUUGUUAUUGGUAGACAUGCAUUUGGAGAUCAAUAUAAAGCUACCGAUUUGGUGAUACAAGAGCCAGGUACUUUGGAGUUGAGAUUUACUCCAGACAAUGGUGGAGAGACACAAACCCAUAAAGUGUACCAGUACUCGGGUCCCGGUGUUGGAUUGGCCAUGUACAAUACCGAUGAGUCUAUUCGAGGUUUUGCCCACGCCUCUUUCAAGAUGGCGAUCAACAAGGGUCUUCCACUUUAUAUGUCGACCAAGAACACAAUUUUGAAGAAGUAUGAUGGACGUUUCAAGGAUAUCUUUCAAGAAAUCUACGAUAGUGAAUACAAGCAAGAGUUUGAAAAGAAGGGGAUCUGGUACGAGCACAGGUUGAUUGAUGAUAUGGUUGCACAAAUGAUCAAAUCUAAAGGAGGCUUUGUUAUGGCAUUGAAAAAUUACGAUGGUGAUGUCCAAUCAGAUAUUGUUGCUCAAGGAUUUGGUUCAUUGGGUCUCAUGACCUCUGCAUUGAUGACUCCAGAUGGCUCAGCUUACGAGUCCGAGGCUGCUCACGGAACCGUCACCAGACAUUAUAGACAACACCAACAGGGUAAGGAAACCUCUACCAAUUCAAUUGCCUCUAUCUUUGCUUGGACAAGAGGUAUUGCCCAACGUGGUAGAUUGGACAAUACACCCGAAGUUGUUGAGUUUGCAAACAAGCUUGAGAAAGCUACAAUUGAUACUGUACAAGAAGACAGAAUCAUGACCAAGGAUUUGGCUUUGGCUAUGGGCAAGACCGAUAGAUCAAGCUACGUCACAACUACAGAAUUCUUGGAUGCUGUUGCCAACAGAUUGAAGCAGUAA